AUGGGAGAGGAGAAGAAGGCGGGCAAGGACGGCGGCGGCGGCGACAAGAAGAAGGACGCCGGCGCCGCGGCCGCGCCGCAGCCCAUCGUGCUAAAGGUCGACUUGCAUUGCGCCGGCUGCGCCAGCAAGGUCCGCAAGGCCAUCAAGCACGCCCCAGGUGUGGAGUCGGUGACGCCGGACAUGGCGGCGGGCAAGGUGGUCGUGACCGGUCCGGCGGACGCGGUGGAGCUCAAGGAGCGCAUCGAGGCCAGGGCAAAGAAGCCCGUCCAGAUCGUCUCCGCCGGCGCCGGCCCGCCCAAGAAGGACAAGGAGAAGGAGAAGGAAAAGGAAAAGAAAGCGGACGGCGGCGAGAAGAAGGCAGACAAGGAGAAGGGUGGCGGCGACGGAGAGAAGAAGGCUGACAAGGAGAAGGGCGGCGGCGAGAAGAAGGCCGACAAGGAGAAGGGAGGCGGCGGCGGUGGCGAGAAGAAAGCCGACAAGGAGAAGGGCGCCGACAAGCCCAAGGAGGAGAAGAAGCCCAAGGAGGAGACGGUGACGCUCAAGAUCCGGCUGCACUGCGACGGCUGCAUCGACCGCAUCAAGCGCCGCAUCUCCAAGAUCAAAGGCGUGAAGGCUGUGGCGUUCGACACCGCCAAGGACCUGGUGAAGGUGACCGGCACCAUGGACGCCACCGCUCUGCCAGCUUACCUCAGGGAGAAGCUCAGCCGGGACGUCGAGGUCGUCGCGCCGGGCAAGAAGGACGGCGGCGGCGACAAGAAGGACAAGGGCGCAGGAGACGGGGGAGAGAAGAAGGACGGCGGGGGCGAGGAGAAGAAGGACAAGGCCGCGGCCGCCUCCGCGUCGGUGGCGCCGAUGCCCCUGGCCGACGCCGGCAUGUACCAGAUGCCCCCGCACUACGGGUAUGGCGCGUACCCGCCGGCUCCCGGCGGCUACUACGGCGCCGCCCCGCCGCCCAACCACGCCGGCUUCUACCCCAACACCGGUGUCCAUUACCCGCCCCCGCAGGCCUACGGGUACGGCCCCUCCCACCUCCACGCGCCUCAGAUGUUCAGCGACGAGAACCCCAACGCCUGCUCCGUCAUGUGA